AUGUGGGUCGUGUGGGUUAAGAACAAGGUCACCCACAGUGCUUUCCCUACCUCCAUCACACCAAUGGAGGCGUGGUCUGGCCAGAAGCCGCAUGUGGGCAUGGCUCGGAUUUGGGGUUGCAUGGGGAGUGUCAUGCUGCAUGGGCAUGAGGAGGGUGGCAAGCUUGAUGCACAGGCUAUCGUGUGUAUCUGUGCAAAGAAAUUUGGGGAGCUUCUGCAGGAUGCACCUGAGAUUUCCCAGCUCCUCCCUCUUCCAGUCUCGCCACCCUUAGCAGCGGUUGACGACGCUGAGAUGCCACCUUCAUCACCGCCACCGGCACCGCUGAGUGUGUCGGUGCAGCAGCAGCCCACCCCUCUGCAGCAGCUCAGUGGCCCCUCGGUCAUUCAGCGGAGAUAUGCUACACAGGCUUCUUCCUCUUCCUCCUCCUCUGGUCAGCGCUUUGUCACUCUCUUGACGAGUGCACCUACGUCACCAGCGACUACCUCCCCCCCACUGGUUACAGGUUUGCAAGUGCUUGGUUUUCCGUCCGGUACAGGUGGUGAGGAGGUAGGGGGGGAUGCUGGUGUGGUUGAGGGCAUGCUGUGUUUGGCCAGGGAGGUGGAGGGUGUUGCACUAGUAGAUGUGAGCACAGGUGAUGUCCCACACAUACUCGCUGAGGCACUGCGUGCCUGCGUGGAAGGCAGUCACUGA